CUUAAUAUAAUUGUUUAGUUUAGGACAGAUGAAUUUGUAAUAUUGUAAUUCUGAAUUCUGGAUAUUUUUUGGUCUUGAUAUAAUUAUAACUUCGAUGAAUUAUGAUCUUAAAUAAUUAUUAAUUAUAUAUAAUUGACUAGGGUCAGAAGUCUUCAAUAUGAUGCCGAUCCUUCUAAUAAUGAAGCGGAUAAAAAGUCAGCGGCAGGUUAGAGAGAAAUUACGAAAUGCAAAUGUUCCCCAAUUUGAAUGCUGUAGAACCUGCUUGUCAGUUGAAAAUCUUAUUAAUAUUUUUAACUCCAAAUCUUUAAUAAUUAAACGUAUGCAACAACUUGAAAUAACCACUGGAUUGCAGAUUAAAUAUAAUGAUGGACUUUCUCAAAAAAUUUGUACAAGAUGCAUAGCUAUGAUGAAAAAUGCAUUGCAUUUUCGACUGAUAAGUUUCAAAGCUCAAAAAUCACUUCUUGAAAUAAGGCAGAAUUAUAAAAAUUCUGAUGUUAAUAAACAUGUUAUGACAAUCAAAUCUGAGAGAAAUAAUGAUAAUUUAAAUCGGGAAAUAGAUGAGCCUAGUAAAAGUAUAAAUGAUAAUGUUCCAAGAAAAGAUGUUAAUAAUUCAUCUCAUCUUGUACAUAGAAUGUCUAACAGCAUAAAGAAACCAAUGAAGAGAAAAAGACUUUUAAUACCAGAUGCUGGGUCAUACACAUGCCCAGUUUGUAAUAUUAUUUUAACAAGAAAACCAUCUUUCUUACAGCAUCUAAGGUACCACUAUCACCCCCAAGUCUGCGAGGUGUGUGGUAAGCAAUGUAGAUCAAAGUCAUCAUUGCAAUCUCACAAGCAAGCUAUGCAUGGCUUUGAUAAAACCUUUAAAUGCAAACAGUGCGGCAAGAGUUUCGCUUACAAGGACGCUUACCAGAUUCACGUCCGAACGCAUACCGGCGAAAAGCCGUAUAUUUGCGAUAUAUGCGGGGCUGGUUUCCACAGACGAGGUACUUUUGUUCAGCAUCUGGGAGUACAUAAUCCAGAAAAUACUGUGCAAUGCGAAUUAUGUCCUGCGCGCGUUAAAUCUAUAAAAUUUCUCCACGCGCACAGAAAUAGAGUACAUUCGGGGCGGAGGUAUCGUUACAUUUGUCCAAUAUGUGAUCGACAAUUUCGGAUACCCGCAAAAGUUAGGAAACACGCAUGGAAAGUUCACGAAGUUGCAGAAAACGAUUUGGGAACUAUUAUUAGAAUUAAUACAUUUCUUCAGGACCCCUAGCACGAGCAAUGCGUUACAUCGAAUAUUCAUUAACAACAAUUUUAUUUUUGGCAACUUGAGCGCUAUUUGGAUGUAUUUAGGAUUUUAAAGCGAGAGAGACAAAAUCAAUUUACGAAUAGCGUGACACGUAAAACAAAAAAAAAAAUGUAUGGAAAUAACAAUUGACCUUGUGUAAGAGAACGUAGUGUGAGUUAACGCAAUAGCGAUAAAAUACGUUUUUCGUUAUGUUGACAACACUUUUAUAAUUUAGUUUGAAAGUGAAAUGUGAAAAAAAGAAAUGACAUGUUCAUAAUUAGCACGCCGGCCAACAUUCUGCACAGACUUAGUUUGUAUAGCUUGGGUAUGUUAUAAUUUAUAAGAUCCCUCACAAAAACCGGACCGGAUUUUACGAAGAAGUGUUGCACCGUUGACUUAUAGUAUGAACGGUUUGACGAAACUUAAAUUAGAUUAAUUUAAAACUUUAAUAAAUAGUACAUAAUAACUCUAGUCAUUGUUUCUUGCCAUUAAGUUUGGUUCAUAUGCUACAGAUAUUGUCUAUUGUUUUUUUACUGAUGUUAUUUUUCUAAUGUAUUAAGAUCUCUUAUACAAAGAAAUAUCUAAAGUAAUAUAUGGUUAUGUCCAUAAAUUAACGGUAAUAAUGUAAGUAGCGUAUUUAUAUUA